GACCCCUAGCAUUGAGCUUGUGUUAAAGAAACAUUGGUUUUUAUAUCUUUUCUUCUUGCCCACUAACGUGCUGGGCAUUUGCUUUACAAAAGGUAUAUAAGCUUCUACCCCAGAGAUAAAAUUGUUUAUAUUAUGGAUUGACACUACAAACUUAGCAACCAGGUUACAGGCACAAAACUCUGACCUACUUAGAAGACACUAACAACACAGAGGGCUGGGCUUAGUGACACUGCCAGGGAAAGGCUAGCAACCAGUAAGAACAGACAAAUAUUCACCCUGAGUUACCCUUCUGUGACCAUUGCAACCUGCAGCAUGAAAAUGCAUUGAGAGAAAUGGCAGAAAAAGCUGUAUCUGUGACAUUGUGAUGAAUAUCUGUACUCAUUUUUACCUGGGAGUGAAACUGAAGCUUUUAUCUUCUUCCCUCAAUUGCUCACAAUCUUGUUUGGUUUUUUUUCUAAUGGAAUUAUUCUUCUGUGAAGAUUGUGGAGGGGAAAAAAUGACCACUGAAAACGUAUCUGCCUUUCCUUAGCUUUUUAACAUGUUUUUUCCUGCCUACUCUUCCAGGAGACUACUACAAUGACAGAUCCUUCAGUGGUGGAUUGCCUGGCACAGCUGAAACUCAAGGUCCUAGAAAAGAGAUUGGAAAAUGAACAGGAGAACCUAGGGAAGAUGGAGUCACCUCUCCCAACUGCAAGGAACAGACAUGAAGAUAUGCUCCAAAGUGCCCUAAGGCGAAGGAAAGAUCUCCUGCAGGAGCUUAAGGAGCAGCACCUUCUGGAAGAGCUUUCACAGCCCCCUGCACCAGCUGGAGGACGCUGUCAUAACCACAGAGCUACCCCCCCACACGUCUACCAGAUACCUUUUCCAGGUCCCCAAGCAGAGCCACCAAGGAUUAUCCAGCAGACGAUGCCACCUCAGCCUGCCACCAUCAUCCAGCAGUUACCUCAGCCGCCCCCCCUGAUCACGCAGAUCCCCCCGGCCCAGCCUUUUGCAGCCCCCCGCUCUGGAAGCAUUAAAGAAGAUAUGGUAGAGAUGAUGCUGAUGCAGAACGCUCAGAUGCACCAGCUCAUCAUGCAGAACAUGAUGCUGAAGGCUCUGCCACCGAUGGCGUUCACACAGCCUGCUGGAGCCAGCUCUCCCCUGCUUCAGCAUGCACAGCAGGACCUGCAGUUUGCUGCUCCCCUGGCUGUGAAAGCAGAGAGGUCCAGGCCAUCUGCAGUGCACCACCACCACCACUACCCUCCCACAGGGAUGCUCCCCGUGCCCCAUGGGGGUUUCCCGUCCACAUCCAUGGCACAUCACUGGACUGGGAGCAUGCUCCCUGCCCUGCCUACGUGGCCCACAUACUGACAGUACGUGUUCCUCUACAAAUGGACUGUAGCAUUGCUGAGGUCAACCUGUAUUUGAACAGUUCCUAAAUGAUCUGUCUGAUUGACAGCCUAAUGUCUGUAAGACUGCAUGUUGUUGGUACAAGAAGUGAGCAGGAGAAAGACUGCAGAUGUUCAGAACAAACAUACCAUGCACCUGUUGUUUGCUCACCCAUUUCUGCUAGUUCAGUUGUUUCCUCUCAUCCUCCAAGCCCAGACCAGCCACAAGCAAUCACCACUUUUGCUGUCUCUUCACAGAAUCAAGAAAAGCCAUCCCAAAGUGUCUUGCAGGCCUGGCAGCCCACAGCAGCCCCUGGGCAUGAAAUAAUCUUAACACCAGUGUUAUCUGAGCCCUUGCAAAUGAGUAUGACCCAGCUCCAGGGCUAAGAGUCCCCUUCAUGUGCAAAUGGAAGAAAUGUCCCUUGCAAAGGGGCCUGCUGCUGUCCUGGGGAGGAUGAUACAAACUAACCCAGGAUGCCUGAAUGAGGGUUUAUCAGCCUGAAGUGUUCCUCCCUCAGCGUUUUUGGUUUUACUCCCUCACAGAUAUACUUGUCCUGCAGCAAUUACCUAUCCAGGGAACUAAAGGUGAUCAGGAACAAUCCAAAUGUAAGUAAGUUACCUGCAUAGCAGAGAAAAACCCUAGCAUUGGAUUUUCCUGAAGACCAGCACUCUGCCCUACCUGUGUGAGUUGGCUUUACACACUGUUUGGAUAAAUAAUUCUCAGUGGAGAAGAACAGAAAGAAAUCUGCUCCUGCAGUCCUGGGGUUUGAACGUUGAAGUGCAAGGCCUACCCCCAGCUAACCGCAGUCGGUGUUUUCUGCCCCAGGAGGGCUCUGACUCUCAGUCUCUCCCAAAUCUCACAUUUACAAAGGUACCCAAGGUUUUCUUCACAAAGUGCUGUUGAACGGUAAUUUAAGCAGCUUGGACUUGUGUAUAUUCGUUUAAUUAUUUCUCAAGCUUUCCCUCAUAUAAUUAGGGUUUAGACUUAAUUAAAAAAAAAAAAUCCUGAGGUUCUUCCUUGGUUAUUGGCAUGUCUUUUUCUUCAGCAACAUAAAUCAAACACUUUUCCUUUCUUUACUUUUCCUGCUAAUUUUCAGAGGGCAGGCUUUAAUCUAAGCCCAUGCUAUCCUGUUCUUUUUGUUUUCACUUAGGACUCCUCAGAAGGCUUGCUCAGAGUUUUAAUCAAGCGACACUUUUUCAUGCUCUCAGCAGCCCGGUGGUGUUUAAUACAGAAAGAUAAACAAUGAAUUAGUAGCAUUUUCUCAAUGUCUUCCUACCUUCUCCUGUUUUUAAAGUGGAGAACAUCUUUACAUUGGUUUUGCCUGGUGCAGUUUGUGAGUGAAUCUGAUGAAGAUAACCCAGGGACCUAAAUUUUGUUUGGAAUGGUUACCCAGAAGAAAAGAUAUCGCACUGGGUGUAGAUAGUUCCUGAUAGGCAAAGUUUAGUCUGGUUUGCCAAGAACUAUGGUCAGCAGCUAAGGAGAUAGGUUUGGCAGCAAGAAGCUGAUGUGUAUUAUCUUGGAAAAAAAACUUUCAAUCUGUGGCCUAUUUACCACACCACAUAGCGCUGCUCACCGGUGGGUCGGGUGCUUCCCCACGUGUCUGUGCCUCCUGCCUCUAGAGCAAGGUACAUGACUGUGGCUGAGGCUUUUUGUGCAGAAAGCAAUAUUAUGAGACCAGCUUUAGUUAAACGACUGUAUGCUGUGUUAUCCACAAGAGUCCAUUAAUUAAUUGGCAUACCUUAAAGUGCUCCUGUCAAAUUGGUGAGCCAGGGUGGUGGAGUAAUCUGUAAAGCCUACUGGACAAGCAUGCAAAGGGUGCUGUGAGUGAUCUUUCCAAAUAAUAACUGUCACUGCUGGAAGCUAAUGGUGUGCUGUCUGUGCUCUGAAAACAAUUAAUGAAUAAUUUAUUUACUAUGUAAAACUUACCUUGCUCUUUGCCCUCUCUGCUCUGUUUUCUUUGCUCUGUGUGUGUGACUCAAUCAGACAGUGUGGAUCAAUUCACUGCUGCGUAGAUCAGAGAAACCCAAUGGAGGGUCUUCAGUGGUGACUCGUUUGGAUGCAGUGACAGGGCCCACGUGCACUAGUAGCCUUUAACAACCCCAACCAGACCCACCUGGGACCCCUGCCCUCCCCAAGGCCAGCAGUCCCAUUUAAACUUGGGCCUGGGGCUGCUUGUGGGUCCUGUUGACCCUGUCCUUCAUGUCCUCUCCUUGUGUGGUACUGCAGGUUGGGACUGUGGUGCGGUGCUUGCUCCCCGUCCCCUCAGGAGCAGCUGGCCCUUGCCGCACCGGGAACUAGGACAUGCAAUGGAGAAUGGCUCUGUGCUUGUGCAGGGAUUUGGUCUUGCUCCUUUGAGACAUAUCUGCUGUUUUGGGCUGUGCAUUGCAGAGUUAGCAGCAAAUGGUAGUUACUGUAUGUUAAUGUUGUGUUUUCACUGUCUGCUGUUUAAUUAUUGUGUGUAGGCUGUAAUUGGCUCCUCCAUUCUAAAAGUUUACUGUAUGCAGUGUUGGCUCAGCAGAGCACUUCCACCCAAGGAUGGGCAUGUGAAAUGGUGCACGCAGAGACAUCUCCUCAUAGCCUCAUUCAAGUCCUGGAAAGCUUCUGCAGAUUAGGCAUGGACCCUCUGCUCAACAUCACACCCCAAAACGCUUGAGCCACACACAGCUUCCUUGGGCAAAAGAUGUCCUUGCAGAUGGGAUCAGACCCCUGGGCAAGCAGUGUGGUUCACAUCCCACCCUCAGGAGAGUGCCCGUGAAGCUCUGGGAGUUAUUCCGCAUCAUCCCACUGGUGCCUCUGCAGUUGCAGCUCAGUGAAGCACCAGCAAAAGCCUGGCAGAUGCAAGUUCUCCUCCUGCUCUGUGCGCAUUUCCUUAGGAGGUCCUUGAAGACUACAGAAUUGCUUUACAAUUUUUAAAAAAGGCCUUUUAAUAAGGCCUGGCUGAAUAACACCAUAUUCACAUCUCUUUACCUGAAGCUCAGUGUGGC